CAUAAAAUACAAGUUUCUUUGAAGAAACUUUCCCUUGGCAUAUGUGGACACCAGCAGCUCCAAUCUGACGUACAUGAAUGUACACAAGAGGAUGCAGAAGAUCUGUUCAUCAGAGCUGUUAAUCAGGGCGUGAGCCAACUUUCUCCAAGUCCCUUGUUUCCCAAACAAUUCAGUAUUGUAUGUUCUUCUUCCUGUAACUAUGAAGUGCACAUAAAUACAUUUUUCCUCCUGAGGUCCGGCCUUAUAAGCAAGGUCAAAUUGUUCCAAAUACAUUUGUUCUGCUUUCAGAGUGGACAUAGAUCUUGGCGUUAUCACCUGUAUGCAACCUGACUAAAAGGCAGAAAUUAAGUCAAUUAAUAAUUAAUUCAUUUUAAGAGGACUGAAUCGGCAUUGCUGCUGAUAGAAAUGGAAAAAGCGAAUGUCACGAAUAGCGAAGCUGUUGGGAUAGCGGCGUUUCUCGGCAGGGCUGGCAGCAGUUUCCAGCCCGGAGCCCAGCCCUGCCCUCGCUCCCCGCCCCGCAGCGCUGGGAGUUCCCGAGCGGCACGGGACGGGCACGGCGGGACACGGGACACGGGACAGCGGGACACGGCACCGCGGAGCGCCCUCACCGAGCGGGGCUCCCUGCAGGCGCUCCCGUCAGAGUUACAUGUUUGGAUUUCCUACUGUCUUGGAUCUGUCUGUAAUAGCAGUUGCUGCUGUUGUCUUGCUUCACUCAUUACCCCAGAGAAAGAGAUAACUCUCAAGGUUUAAGCUGGUAUCAACCUAUAAGCAGAUCUACGACAAUGCAAGGACCUCCACCUGCCAUAGCACCUGGAAUGCCCUAUGGCUCCCCUCAGCAGGUCCCUGGGACCUACCAAGGGAACUAUGGAUUCCAGGCACAGCCCAUGGGGUUCCCAGGAGGAUUUGCUGCUCCACCUAUCCAGAGCCAGCCCACCAUGGAUGGGACAAUCUGGAUGCCUAUCCCUCCUUCUAUUCCCAACUGCCCUCCUGGACUGGAGUACCUCACACAGAUUGACCAGAUAUUAAUUCAUCAGCAACUUGAAAUUCUUGAAAUUGUGACUGGCUUUGAAGAAAACAACAAGUACGAGCUGAAGAACGCGCUGGGACAGAGGGUGUACUUUGCGGCAGAGGACACUGACUGCCUGACCAGGAACUGCUGCGGGCCCUCACGGCCCUUCACCAUGAGGAUCAUCGACAACCUGGGCCGCGAGGUGAUAACGCUGCAGAGGUCCCUCCGCUGCGACGACUGCUGCUGCCCCUGCUGCCUGCAGGAGCUGGAAGUCCAGGCGCCUCCAGGAACAACAGUUGGUUAUGUUGUCCAGAACUGGCAUGUCUGCCUGCCAAAGUUUACCAUUCAAGAUGAGAAAAGAAAGGAUAUUCUGAAAAUUACUGGCCCAUGUGUUGUGUGCCGGUGUUGUGAGGACAUUCAUUUUGAGGUGAAGUCUCUGGAUGAGACUUGUCCUGUUGGGAGGAUUUCUAAGCAAUGGACUGGUCUUGUGCGGGAGAUGUUUACAGAUUCAGAUAACUUUGGAAUCUCAUUCCCAAUGGACCUUGAUGUGAAAAUGAAAGCUGUCAUGAUUGGUGCUUGCUUCCUGAUCGACUUCAUGUUUUUUGAGCGUAGUGGUAGUGAGCAUCAGCAAGCAGGAGUUUGGUAAUGAAAUCUAGAUGUUCUCUAUGGAAGGAAGAAGAACAUGAAUCUCCCAACUUUCCAAUGAAUUGCAGCCCUCCAGUAAGAAUAUGAGAAACGUACAUGUUAUAGUUACAUUUCUGUAAGCUAAAAGCUUUAUGGUCUUUUCUACUAUUUGUUUUAUAUGGUGAAAUAAUUUGUAGUAUUCAAAUAAGGAUUCUUUAUCUGUACAGAUCAAUAAUAUCAUAUACAGAAAUAUGUAGCAACCUUUUUUUUUCCAAGAACUCUGUAAUUUUAAAGUAACUAAUUAUAGUAGUUAUUUAUAACUACUAUAAUAGUAUUUUGAUUCCUAAAAACGAGGAGUACUUCUAUAUUCAAUAUUAAUAAUAACCUAAGCCUAAUAAGGAGAUACUGAUAUUUUCCUGGGUAUUCCUCUUUGGUAGUUUUGCCUUGGUGUUCACAUUCUGUUGUUUCAAAUAUAUACAUUCAGGGCAAAGUAAUGCAUUUGAACAGGACUAUCUGGAAUGAGUGUGAAAGGUUAUUACUCUGGUGUACCGGGUGUGUGAGCUGGGGUUCAUUUCCCCCAGCAGCCCUCACAGAGCUGUGCUUUGCACUGCUGAGAGCCCAGCAGUGUUUUGGUGCAGCCCAGCAGCAGCCCUGUCUCCUCCAUCAUCCCACCUGCCCUGAGCAGGCUGGGGGUGGGCAAGGUCCUGGCAGGGGACACAGCCAGGCCAGCUGGCACAAAUUGACCAAAGGGACAUUCCACACCGUGUGACAUCAGCUGGGAUAUCAAAGAUAAGAAAAGGAGGAGGAAGGUGUUGCAUUCAGUUUUACAGUGUUUGCCUUCCCAAGCAAUCACUUCCAUGCUGGAAGCCCCACUUCCCAGGAAUGGCUGGGCAUUGCCCGCUCAUGGGAAGUACAGAAUAAAAUUUCUCUUUUUUUAACUUUGUUUAUGCACACACAAACUUUUACUUUUGUUUUAGUAAAUGGCUUUAUCGUAA